AAUGUCAUCACAAACCUCGGGUCGGGGUCUUGUUAUUUUGCUAUUUAUUCAAUCAAGACUUAUUCCCUUCUAAGUUAAUAUACUCUACCCUUCUAUGUGACUCUCUAAUUGAAACCUCCAUUGAACACCGAGUAUGUCGUCGUCUGGGUUGCGACAGUGCAUCCGAGAUGUCUCGCCAUACCUGAUCCUCCUAGUCGCUAUCAGCACCCUUGGUCCGCUACAGUUCGGCUUCCAUCUUGCCGAGCUCAACGCACCUCAAGAUGUCAUCUCUUGCCGGGCCAAGCAACAGUCCCUCUCACGACUCUCCUCCGUUCUGUCUUUGAUGUCGAAGUCCUCGACCUCCAACGAAGUAACCACUACCUCUGCCCUUCCCGACUGCAUUCCCAUGGAUGACGCCCAAUUCGCCGUCGUAUCGAGCAUGUUUACGCUAGGUGGACUGAUCGGUGCUCUCGGGAGUGGCCCUAUAGCCUCUGCAAAGGGUCGUCUGUUGGCUAUGCGGUUGACCAGCUUAUUCUACAUCAUUGGUUCCGUCGUCGAGGCCCUUGGCGUAUCCAUUGCCAUGAUGGCUGUGGGCCGCAUAUUCUCGGGCGUAGGUGCUGGCGCUGCAACUGUCAUCGUGCCAAUCUAUAUCAGCGAAGUGGCGCCGCCACGCGAGCGCGGUACCUUUGGUGCCAUGACCCAGGUCAGCAUCAACGUCGGCAUCCUAGUAACGCAGACUAUGGGAUAUUUCCUAAGCUACGGUUCAGCCUGGCGGUGGAUUCUAAUCGCUGGGAUUAUUAUUGGUGCAACUCAGGGCUUCGGGCUCCUGCUGCUGCCGGAGAGCCCGGCUUGGUUGGCGGCGAAUCAGAGCGUCACGCAGGCGAAGCGGAUUCUGCAGAAGAUACGUGGGAACCACUACGAUAUUGGAGAGGAAACCUCGACGUGGGGCGAUUCGGCGGUGUCGCCAGAAGAGGAGGGUUUGCUCGACGACCCAACUGUUGGCUCCAGAAGAGAUUCGACUACCAGCAAGGCUAGCGGCAAGAAUAAUGGGACCCUUGGCUUUCUAGAGGUUGUCAAGGACCCAUUAUACCGGCCCGCUCUCGUGGCAGCUGUGGGUGUCAUGUGCGCCCAGCAAUUGUGCGGCAUCAACUCCAUUAUCAUGUACUCCGUCUCGCUCUUGAGGGAUCUCCUGCCAAUCAGCUCCGCGCUGUUGACCAUCAUGAUAUCCGCCAUCAACUUGAUCACCACCCUCGCGUGUUCGCCGCUCCCGGACAAACUUGGGCGCAAGACCUGCCUGCUCAUUUCCAUCAUUGGCCAGGGGGCAAGCGCCCUCGCGUUGGCGUUGUCCAUAUUAUUUGAAACUAAGAUACUGUCGGCCAUCAUGGUCCUUUUCUUCGUAGCCUUCUUCGCCGUCGGGCUGGGGCCGGUUCCUUUCAUCCUCGCAUCUGAGCUUGUUGGACAGGAGGCGGUUGGAGCAACUCAGUCGGCUUGCUUGGGUGCUAAUUACAUUGCUACCUUCCUGGUGGCUCAGUUCUUCCCCAUCAUCAACGUUGCUCUGAAUAAGCAAUUGGGCGGUGCAGGUUGGGUCUAUUUCAUCUUCACUGCUCUGGCUGCUCUAUGCGGGUUGUUCGUAUUCUGGCGUGUCCCCGAGACUAAGGGGAAGAAGGACGCCGAUGAGGUUUGGGGCCGGACACGGCGACUUGAUUAAUGGGACACGAUAUUUGGAAAUUGUUCAUUUAUUUUUACAUA